AUGGUAACCAACAUCAAGAUUUUGAAAAUUUUGAAGAGUUGCUUCUCUGAGCUUCCAGUAAUUGCACAUGAUGUAAUUGAUAAAAAAGCUUUUGAAACCGAUAAUCCCGUUAUAAAACUACUUGCUGGUGACGGUGGUGAAAACUAG